CCAAACACACCUCCGCCUCCGCCGCUCCGCGUCUCAGCAGCAAUCUCUUCCGUCUCCAGCAGUUUUCCAACCAAACCGCGUGAUCCGUCCGACUCCGACCUCGCUACGCUUCGCUCGCUCUCGCCGGAGGCCCGGAGCGGAGCUCUCCACCUCUCCACCCCCGCGGGCAGCGCUCGCGGCGCCGAUGGAGUACGACUUCCGGGGGAGCCGUUCGGGCUCGGGCCCGGGCCCCUACGGCGCGCCUCCGGGGGCCGCGCCCGGGGGAGGCUCCUCGCUCUACCCGCGCGUCGGGCAGCCCUCCCACGGCGGGGGCGGGGCUUCCACGGCGUCGCCGCGGGCCGCGCCGUACCACCACGGCUCCGGGUCCGGGUCCUCGGCUCCCGUCGUAACGCCGCUCGCUCCAAUCUCCUCCUCCUCCUCCUCGAAGGUGGGCAUACAAGUUACGAUAAAGCCUGAAUUCCGCAUUGACCCACCUCCUCAAUUGCCACCACAGAUGGUAGAAAUUCCUCGCAGCACCUUCAACUUUGAUUUUGAGUAUGAGAGAAGGAUUCUUGCUGAGGCAGAGAAGGAGAACCCCAACUGGACUAAAUUCGUGGUAGAAAGACAGGCACCACCUCCUGUGGCACAGCAGGCUAGACCAGCAUCUUCAGGGGAUCCAGUUGUCGACAGGUAUGUCUCAAUGGGGCUUGGGCGUGAAGCUGUCUCAUUUGCAGUGUUGAAUUAUGGAGAUAAUCCAACGAAGGUGAAGGAGUUCGUGAAAUCCUACAACAUCCUCCACGAGAUGGGCUUCACAUCGCCAAACGUCCCCGAGCUGCUAGCCAUCCACGACAACGACCCCGACAAAGUAAUCCAGCGCCUGCUCUCCUCGCCAUCCUGAUCCCCGAACAAAACGCCUCGCAUUUGUAUACCGCAUCCAUGUACAGCCCUGCCCUACGCUGGCAACCAUCACAGAUGAUGUCCUCUUUUUUCAAAAAGAAAAAAAAAUGAUGUGGUCUUCUAUUUCGAUAUACGUGUUAGCUGCCGCUAGCUCUGUGAACCGAGUAACACGCUUUGUAUGUUGUACUUGUAUACAGUCACCCGUUUGGUGUUUUCCUUAAAAUUAUUUUUGCACCGUUUCAUUCAAGUU